AUGUCGGCCAAGUACCUGCUAUCGUUCGAGUCCCACCUGAGCAGUCUCAACAUGAUGGUCACUGAAGUAGGAGAUGGACAAUACACGCUCAUUUCACUAACCGACUGCGAGAUCAAGCUUGAAGUGCUUGAGUCAAUGUGGAACAAACUCUCUGAUGCUCACGACAAGCUUACCGGUUGCAGGGACAUCGACAUGUCCCACAACUACUUCAAAGAAGGACGAUACUCAAAAGCACUAAGUCGCUACGUCUUAGUCAAGUCGGCACUGAAGCGUUGCGUGGUCGAGCUUGAGCCACGUCCGGCGCCUCUCUCUCCGCACAAUCUCUCCCUACAUGCGCAAGCAACAACUGCUCGUCCAUUGCUGCUCACGAUUCAGCCUCCAACCUUCAACGGCGAACUACUCGAAUGGCAAUCAUUUAAGAACAAGUUCGCGUCGGUUGUCAACAAAGAAGGCGUCAGUGAAGUCGACAAAAUGCAUUAUCUCCUCCAGAGCUUGAAGGGUACCGCUUACUCCCUUGUUGCCAACGUGGAGAUCUCUGAGACUGCAUUCGCUACUGCUUGGCAGACCUUAAAUACAAGGUACGAGAAUAAACGCGUACUAAUCACCGCUCAGCUGAACAAACUAUUCAACAUCCCCCAGAUGGCGUCGCGCGCAAGCAAAGAAGUCAACAAUGUGAUCAACACAGUCAGUGAGGUUAUGAACGCUCUUGCUGCACUCGGGUCGCCAGUGGAGCAUUGGGAUCACUUCGUGGUACACUUUAUUACCCAAAAGCUCGAUCCUACGACACGAGAAGAUUGGGAACUUACUCUCGGAGCUGCGUCCGAAUUCCCGACCUACGAGCGCAUCAAAACGUUCCUCUUGUCCCGUGCACGAGCUCUCGAAGCCAUGGAAGGACGUCUCCCAGUAAAGCCACGUGAUCCCAAGGCGAACAAAAGGGCCUCCAGCAACGACAAGCCUCCUCACGGGUUCAAAAACUCCCCUGCGCAUGUCCAUGUAGCGAAUUCUCAACAAAGCGUCACUACGACUUCCGGGUCAUCCACUAACGCUAACUCUCCGCCUGGACCAAGUCCUGGACCUGCUACAAGACAUCAAAAUCCUUGCUCAUGUUGCGGUGAAGCGCAUUUCAUUGUCUCAUGUCCAUUGUACCGCAAUCUAACGCCUAACGAGCGUCAUCAGCGAGCAAUCUCCAAGUCAUUAUGCCUCAAUUGUCUUGGGACGCAUGCUCUGGAGAAUUGCCGUAGCAAAAAUUGCUGUCGUCACUGUAAUGCAGCACAUCAUUCCAUGCUACACGAUUCCACGCAUCUCUACGCUCCACCACCCAAAUCUAACGCUACGACGACUCUCUCGAGCCGUUUUCAAGGCUCUCAAACUAACGCAACUCCACGCUCACAACGCACGCUCUCGCCAACGUCUACUGCUGCAUCACUACUAUCAACGCAACAAUCACGCUCAUCUUAUUACUCAUCCUCACCAGAAAGACCUCUAGUGCUGCUAGCUACAGCCUACGCCUUUCUUAUUACGCCUACACAACGCCCGCAAGCAGUACGGCUUCUGAUUGAUCCAGGAUCCGAGUUGUCACUCAUCUCUCAGCACGUUACUCGCCUGUUGAACCUAUCAAGCUCUGAAUCACGGAUUCCAAUCAUUGGAGUCGGAAGUGUACCCUCUGGAUCUACCAAGGGUGCUGUUAAUAUUCUACUACGCUCAGCGCACUCUGACGAUCAAGUCACGCUGCACGCACACGUACUACCACACCUUACCGUUGAAUUGCCUCCAGUUGAUGUCUCACCUCAAUCGUGGCCUCAUAUUGCUGAUUUAGAGCUAGCGGAUCCUAAUUACGCAUCACCUGGCCGCAUUGACAUCCUCGUCGGAGCUGAUUCUUAUGGCGUGAUCAUGAAGCCGGGAAUCAGGACUGGAAGUCCCGGGCAGCCCAUUGCAAUCCAAACUAUAUUUGGGUGGGCAGUUCUGGGACCUAUCAAUUCGACAACGCUCGCAUCGCCUGCGCAUCAAGGCCUUCUCGUCACCAACUCUCAGCUUCAUGACCUCAUCGCGAGAUUCUGGGAGCUGGAAGACGUCUCAUCGUCAGGCAAGGAGUCUCUCAGUGCCGAAGAAGCAGAGUGUGAAGCUAACUAUAUGGCUACCCACUCGCGAGACAUCUCUGGGCGCUAUAUUGUACGCCUGCCUUUCAAAUCGAACGCGCCACCACUAGGGCACUCGAAGAGUAUCGCACAACGCGCAUUAACUCGCUUACUAAAACGCAUCUCAACUCAACCUGAGCUCCAGCAUCUCUACCAUGAGUCCCUCGACGAAUACGAGUCCCUGGGUCAUAUGCAGAAGGGCAAACCCUCAAACGCAGAAGCUGACGGUUAUUACUUGCCACAUCACGGUGUCAUGCGCAAUAACAAGAUCCGCGUGGUAUUUAAUGGCUCUUGCAAAUCAACUUCAGGCAACUCUCUCAAUGACUGUCUUCACGUAGGUCCCAAGACUCAGAACGACAUCUUCGACGUCCUCCUUUACGUACGGCGCCACCAGCUUAUCUUCACAACUGACGUAGAGAAGAUGUUUCGCCAAAUUCUGGUUCACCCAGAAGAUCAAAAAUUCCAACGCAUACUGUGGAUCAACGAGAACAAUCAAGUCCAGGACUUUGAUCUCUGCACGGUUACCUAUGGUACCACGUCAGCUCCUUACUUGGCUGGCCGUACUCUGCAAUAG